AAAGAAAGGACUGGCUUUGAGACUGCAGUGGAAAGUAGGAUUUAGAGUUUGCCUGCGUGAACACAUGAGAAAAAGAGGAAAGAGAAUGGGUGAAUCAAAGAAACAUGACAAGGAUUAAAGUAAAGUAGGACGUGGAGCAACAGACCAUCGGGUUUGUCUCAGCUGUCCUGGGCACAAACGGGAAGAGAGGAAAGACAAGGUAGAGGUACACAGAGGACAGAGGGCUUGCCUGAACAAGAGGCAUAAAAAGAAAGCAUCUAACUGAGGAGGCGUUCUCUCAUUCACCCGAAGAGGAAGGAGGAGACCAACACCGAGUCAAAUCAGACAGGAAGAGCACGCCAGUGCAGGAGGAGGGGGGGUUAAGUUUAAAGAAAAUACAAGAAAGAGAAGCGAAAGAUUAACGGUGUGGAGAGAGAGGUAGAGCGAGUGUGUGUGUGUGCGUGUGUGUGUGUGUGUGUGUGUGUGUGUGUGUGUGUGUGUGUGGCUCAGCCGGGGAGAACGAGCCGAGGGGGGAAUCUGUAAACAGAGGGAGCGUGACAGAGAGCAGAUAACGGGUGAGUGUUGAGCAACGUGAAGCGGGACAGAGAGAGACAGAAGGUGAGGGGGCUAGCGGGAUUAGUUAGAAGGAGGGGAGAGGUAUGAGGGGACUCUUGAAGUCACUCUUCUCUUUGGUGAUCACUCUCCUCUGCGUGGGGAGCCUGCUGACUAUCUGGAGCCUGCACGACGACAACAAUGUGCUACCUCACAAACCACCUCCUCAAAAGAAAACUGCACCUCAGCCCUCUGACCUCUGCAAAGGCUGCAAGGAGAUCAUCGACAAAGUAAAAGAGCGUUACUCUCAAACCUGGAAGAAGCAGGAGGACAAUUAUAAAAAAUUCAGAUCUCAGCUGAGCAGCAAGUGCAAUGGUUUUGAAAAGGCAAUCAUUACCCAGGCCAACAUUCCAGUGGGAUCAAAGGUUGUGUACGACGGGGAAAAGAAAAGGACCCUCCAGGUGACCCCAGAGAUUUUCAGCACCUUUGCAAAGGAGCAUCCUUUCCCAAAUAAAACUUGGGAUACGUGUGCUGUUGUCGGGAACGGAGGGAUUCUGACUGACAGUGGCUGUGGGAAGAUGAUCGAUUCAGCUCAAUUUGUUAUCAGGUGCAACCUUCCUCCUUUGGAAAACGGCUAUGAGAAACAUGUGGGCAUCAAGACUGACCUUGUGACAGCAAACCCAAGCAUACUCCUAGAGAAGUAUGGGGCACUAAAUGGGCGUCGCCGUCCAUUUGUGGAGAGUCUGCGUAGCUACGGCAACUCCCUGCUGCUCCUUCCCGCCUUCUCCUUCGGACACAACACACCUGUGUGCUUGCGGGCUGUCUACACCAUUGAGGACUUUAAAAGCCCCACCCGGCCCAUUUUCUUCAACCCCAGCUACAUCCAGAGUCUGGCCCUCUUCUGGCGCUCCCAAGGUCUGCGAGCAGUGCGGCUCAGCACCGGCAUAAUCAUGGCUAGCCUUGCGCUGGAACGCUGUGACAAUGUACAUCUGUACGGGUUCUGGCCGUUCAGUAAUCACCCACAUGGACUCCAUGCCCUGACUAACCACUACUACGAUGAUAGACAAGCUAAAACGAAAUUCCACGCCAUGCCGGCUGAGUUUGACCUCUUGUUGCGGCUGCACAGUCAGGGGGUGCUCAAGCUUCACCUGGGAGAUUGUCGACCAGGUGAAAAGUAGUUCCCAGACCCAGGGUCAGCUAACAGUAUAGUAGCGGUGUUGGCCCAUCAACAAACAAGACAUUUGCACUGAAAUCAAAAUGGAAUAAUCAUAAGACUGUAAACAAACUGCAAACAGUCUUGUGUGUUCAGACUGCAUUCACACUGGUGAAGCCAAAAUUUGCUUUGCUUUUGGUCUGGAACUGUAUUUAUUACCGCAAAUGUUCCAGCUGGAGGGAGUUAUUUUGAUUUAAAUGGGAAUUCCUUUGUGAGGCCUUUG